AUGGAUGUCCCGAUCACCGUGAUCGACUUCGCGGACGACCGCGCGCGGUGCGGCCGGGCGAUCGACGGCCGGCCGAGCGCGCCGGACGCGGCGCGAACGACGCGCGUGCGCGCGCGCGGUGUGGGAGGGGAGACGACGCGGGCGGUGCGGCGUGGACGGGUCGAGCGCGUCGACGGGCUCGAGUGCGUCCUGCGUCGAACGCUGGAGGGUGAUCUGGGAUGGGGAGAGGGGAGCGAAGGGUACGCGUGCGCGUGCGAGCGGUACGACGCGAGCGCGUCGACGCGGGAGGGGCUGACGCGGAUGUUUUUUGAGGAGUUUAACGCGAGCGGGUUGGCGUAUUUGGACGGGUGCGCGUGCGCGCUGUACGCGUGCGGGAAGACGAGCGGGGUGUCGGUGGAGGUGGGAGAGAGUGAGACGGAGUGCGCGUGCGUGAUCGAUGGUGCGACGGCGACGGCGACGGGGCGGCGGGUCGACGCGGGCGGGGCGGCGAUGGACGCGGCGCUGAAAGCGAGCGUCGAGAAGAAGCAAGGGAUUGAGCUCGACGACGCGACGGCGACUGCAAUUCGACGAGCGCUCGGGAAGUGUGCGUCUUCUAGGGAGGAGUACGAGGCGCUCGCGCGCGGGUGCGCCACGGUGGAGUGCGAGCGGGAGACGUUUACCAUGCCGGAUGGGAGCGUGCUGAAGCUCACAAACGAGCUAUACGAGUGCGGCGAGGCGUUGAUGCCAAUCGUGGACGAGUUGUGUGAGAGCGUGCAGAAGUGUCCGCCGGACGCUCGGCGGCUCGUCUUGGACGGCGUUUUCGUGCACGGCGUCGCGAGCAAGGUUUCCGGUUUUAGCGCGAGGUUGCUCAACGAGCUCAUGUCAGCGCUUCCGCCCUCGCUCGCGCCCAUUUUUGCGACGAUUCCGGAUUACAUGCCGGAGACAACGUGGUCGCACGCUCCUUGGACCGGCGCCGCCCUGGUCUCCAAGGUUGUCUUCUCGACAAAUCAGCACAUCUCGAAGUCAGACUACAACGAAAACGGGCCUCCAGUCUCGCAUCGUGGUCGAUAG